AUGGAAUGUCAAAAUCCUCUUAUUGAUAGGAACGGAGAAAAAGACAUAGAGAUAGGUGCAAAACGAGCAACUGUAUAUGAUGCAUCACCAGAACGCAAAGCCGAAACAACAGUUGAUACAACUACAAUCGGUGCAUCAACAACAGAAACAACAAUCCUUACAACGUCGAUGAAUUCUCAUCCAACAAUAAUGAAUGUAUCAAAAUUUAACAAAUGGCAACAAAACGCCAUUACUAUAGCUGGUGGAAAUGGAUAUGGACAGAAAUUAAAUCAACUCAAGUACCCUGAAGGAAUCUUAAUUGAUGAAAAUAACAGUAUUUACAUUGCUGAUCGUUCGAAUGAUCGUAUUGUUCAAUGGAAAUGGGAUACAAAGAAAGGACAAAUCGUGGCUGGUGGAAAUGGGGAAGGAAGUCAAAUAAAUCAAUUGAAUUCUGCAACAGAUAUGCUUGUUGGUCCAGAAAAUCAUUCGAUCAUCAUUGCUGAUCGUGGGAACAGACGAGUGAUUCAAUGGUUGAAUCAAACUCAACAGAUUCUCAUUGAUAAUAUUGACUGUUAUGGUUUAGCAAUGGAUAAACAUGGAUUUAUUUAUGUUUCUGAUCAUGUGAAGAAUGAGGUGACUCGAUGGAAAAUAGGAAAAUACAAAAAAGGAAUUGUAGUGGCAGGUGCAAAUGGACAAGGGAAUCAACUUAGUCAACUAAAUUCUCCUACUUUUAUCUUUGUUGACGAAGAUCAAUCUGUUUAUGUAUCAGAUUAUAACAAUCAUCGUGUAAUGAAAUGGAGAAAAGGUGCAAAAGAAGGAAUAAUUGUAGCUGGAGGAAAUGGUCAAGGAGGAAAUCUCAAUCAGUUGUAUCAUCCUCAAGGAGUAAUUGUUGAUGAUUUGGGUCAAAUCUAUGUGGCAGAUAGUGGGAAUCAUCGAGUAAUGCGUUGGUGUGAAGGUAGAGAAGAAGGUGAAAUUGUUGUUGGCGGAAAUGAUUAUGGAAAUCAAUCAAAACAAUUGAGUGGUCCCCGUGGUUUAACUUUUGAUGAUGAAGGAAAUCUUUAUGUUGCUGAUACGGGAAAUUUUCGUAUUGCAAAAUUUGAAAUAAUUUUCUGA